AAAAGACUAGGCGAUAAUCAUGGAGGAUCGCGUUUGUGCGUGAGGAUUGACUGCCGGGAAAUGGUGCUCAUGAAGAAAGUGGAUUUUCAUUGAAUUUUAUUAAAUUCCGAGAAUAAAAUAUUAUCAGAAUGAUACGGUUAUUAUCUGGGACAUUUGGUUCCUACAGCAGCCAUCAGUUGAGACGAAGCACACAGCAUGCAAUCACCAAACAAAACCAACGGAAUCCUUCUGUCUUACGACCAAACAGCAUCAAUGCCAUGCUAGCAGCCAAUUAUGUUGGGUUUACCCGGGUCUAUGCUGUCCUGCGGCCUAAGGUGUAUGUCUCCGAGGGUAGCACAAGAGCCAUGUCUAUGCUGCCCAAGAUAACCCGACUGCUGAGGAUUAGAUACAUUGUCAUUGGCUCUGCUGUAGCAGGUGGUACGAGUCUCAAAAUGACCUACAACAGUUGGAAGGACAGCAUCCCAGACCUGAGUUGGAUCAACGACUACUUCCCCGACGGAUCUCUCAUGAGGGACAUGUCCAAUGAGAUGCGUCGAUUCACAGCGUACAUGAAGCUACCAGAGAAAGGUUGGCUGAAACGCAGAGUGGAGUCCGUUAAAGGACUCAUGCCUGAAUUGCCUGAUGGUUCAAAUCCCCAAAUUCAUGUUUUGGGUCAGGGUGGUUCUAUACCUGUAACAAACUCUCUAUUGGAAGGAUCAGAAAGUAAGAAGGCUGGUCCUGUUAUGGCACUAAAGGCUGAAGAUACUCAAGAGACAUCGUCAGCCUCUGCACAGGAAAGUCAGAAGGAAAGGGAUGAACUUGAGAAAAUCAAAGAAGAAUUCUUAGAAGCACAGCUAAGAUACCAGAGAGAGAUUGACAGACUGGAGAAGGAGAAUAAAAGACUCAAGAAAUCACUGCUGAGCAAAGGAGAUAAGAAUGCCUUAGGAAGGAAAGAGAAGAAAUCACUGAUUGAUAUGUACUCUGAGGUGCUGGAUGAGCUCUCUGACUUUGAUACCUCAUACAAGAUGCAGGAUCAUCUACCAAGGGUUGUAGUUGUAGGAGACCAGAGUGCCGGUAAAACCAGUGUUCUUGAGAUGAUUGCUCAGGCUAGAAUAUUUCCCAGGGGAGCCGGUCAGAUGAUGACUAGAUCUCCUGUGAAGGUGACAUUGAGUGAAGGUCCUAAUCACAUAGCACAGUUCAAGGACAGCGGAAAGGAAUUUGACCUUACCAAGGAAUCAGAGCUAAAAUCUCUAAGGCAGGAGAUAGAAGCUAGGAUGAAAAACAGUGUUCAGGACGGACAGACCAUAAGCACUGAGGUGAUAUCACUGAGUGUGCGAGGGCCGGGUAUACAGCGGAUGGUUCUUGUUGAUUUACCAGGGAUGAUCAGCACUGUAACAACUGGGAUGGCUGCAGACACAAAGUCCUCCAUACAAAAGAUGAUCAACAGUUACAUGGGCAACCCCAAUGCUAUCAUUCUAUGUAUACAAGAUGGUGCAAUUGAUGCUGAGCGUAGUAUAGUCACAGAUCUUGUCAAUGAGGUAGAUCCGACAGGAAAAAGGACCAUCUUCGUCUUGACCAAAGUAGAUUUAGCUGAGAAGAAUCAUCUAAACCCCAAUAGAAUAAGACAAAUCCUUGAUGGUCGACUCUUUCCUAUGAAGGCUCUGGGUUACUUUGCAGUGGUAACAGGAAAAGGCAAUACAAGUGACAGUAUAGACAGCAUUAAGCAAUAUGAAGAGCAGUUCUUUAGGCACUCAGCAUUAUUCAAGUCAGGUGUAUUUAAGGCAACUCAACUGAACACUCAGAACCUUAGCUUUGCUGUCUCAGACUGCUUCUGGAAGAUGGUGAGAGAGUCGGUAGAACAACAAGCAGAUGUCUAUAGAGCUUCAAGAUACAACCUAGAAACAGAAUGGAAGAACAACUUUCCAAGGUUACGAGAAUUAGAUAGAGAUGAACUAUUUGAGAGAGCGAAGAGCGAGAUGCUGGAUGAAGUCAUGAGCCUUAAUGAAAUCAAACCACAACAGUGGGAGGAGACUCUAUCAAAGCUUCUAUGGGAAGGUGUAUCUAGUCAUGUCUUUGAAGGUAUCUACCUCCCAGCCUCACAAUCGUUAGAUGCAGGGGCUUUCAACACCAUCAUUGACAUCAAAUUGAAAGAAUGGGCUGAGAAUGUUCUACCAAAGACAAGCAUUGAGGUUGGAAGCAACACACUUGUCGAGGAAUACUCCAAGCUUGUCGAGAAGAGUAAGAGUAAGAAGGAUCAUGACACCAUCUUUGAUUCACUGAAGACGGCUGUCAAGCACGAGAGUAUCAGCAGACAUCAGUGGAUGGAGAGGGCUGUAGAAAACCUGAAAGUGAUUCAGUUCAAUGCUUUAGAGGAUAGAUCCGUACCAGAUAGAAGGCAGUGGGACCAAGCAAUCUCCUUCAUGGAAACCAUGAUCAAACAGAGACUCAAAGAAACUGAUAUAGCCAUACAGCAGCUGAUAGGACCCGGUUCCACAGAACGAUGGAUAUAUUGGAAGAGAAUUAGUCAAGAAGAGAUUAGCAGGAGAUUAGCAAAGGAAGAACUAGAAAAGUUACUACAAGCUGAAGAGAAUCAUGUACCAGAGCUGACAGAGGAUGAACAAACCACUGUCAAGAAGAAUCUACAAACAAAAGGAGUGGAUGUAGAUAACCAUCUUAUACAAGAGACUUGGUACCCAUUAUUCAGGAAACAUUUCAUGCACCGAUCCCUUCGUCUUGCCAGUGAUUGUAGGAAAGGAUUUUAUCAUUACCAUCAAGGAUUAAAUGAUUCAGGGAUUGAAUGCCACGAUAUUGUACUUUUCUGGAGGAUACAACGGAUGCUAGAACUGACAAGCAACGUCUUAAGACAACAGAUCAUGAAUACGGAAGCGAGAAGACUGAGUAAAGAGGUGAAGGAGGUCUUGGAGGACUUUGGAGAUGAUAGAUCAACCAAGGUCAAACUACUUACAGGGAGGAGGGUAGAUCUAGCUGAAGAAUUGAGUGAGUUUUAUUUCAUCUUCAUAUCAAGUCACUUCAUUUGAU